AAUCAAACGUGUCCUUGGAAAGAAACAAAAACAGAAUCGUCCUAUUCCUCAAUGGAUCCGUCUUCGUACUGGAAAUACGAUUAGCUUAACAUUUAGUUUACCAACUAAAGCUGCUAAGAAAGAUUAG